AUGGGAUGUAGCGGGCGGCUGCUGGGACCCGUCGGGGGCCGCCGCGCCUCGUUGCUCCUCACCAUGAUCCUUUUCUUCACCUACUUCUUCUACUGCCUGCCAGGGCCCUGCGAGCCGCUGCCCCCCGCCCUGCUGCUGCCGCCGCCCGCCGCGCUCCCCGAGGGAGCUGGGCCGGGGGUUGCGGGCUGGGGACGGCGGGGGGGGGGCGGCAGCCGGCGGUUCCCCCAGGCUAUCAUCGUGGGCGUGAAGAAAGGCGGGACACGGGCGCUGCUGGAGUUCCUGCGGGCGCACCCCGGGGUACGGGCCGUGGGGGCCGAACCCCACUUCUUCGACAGGUGCUACGAGAAAGGGCUGCGCUGGUACAGGAGCCUGAUGCCACGGACGCUGGAGGGGCAGAUCACCAUGGAGAAGACCCCCAGCUACUUUGUCACCAAGGAGGCUCCUCGGCGCAUCUACAACAUGUCCCGGGACACGAAGCUGAUCGUGGUGGUGAGGAACCCGGUCACCCGGGCCAUCUCGGACUACACCCAGACUCUCUCCAAGAACCCCUCCAUCCCCAGCUUCCAGGCCCUGGCCUUCAAAAACAUCAGCACGGGACUGAUCGACACGAGCUGGAGCGCGGUGAGGAUCGGGAUCUAUGCCAAGCACCUGGACAACUGGCUGCAGUACUUCCCCCUCUCCAAAUUCCUCUUUGUCAGCGGGGAGCGGCUCGUCAGCGACCCAGCCGGGGAGAUGGGCCGUGUCCAGGACUUCCUGGGUCUCAAGAGGGUGGUGACAGACAAACAUUUCUAUUUUAAUGAGACCAAGGGCUUUCCCUGCCUGAAGAAGCCGGAGGACGGCAGCAAACCCCGCUGCCUGGGGAAAUCCAAGGGGCGGCCGCACCCCAAAAUCGACCUGCAGGUGGUGCAGCGCCUGCAGGAGUUCUACAGACCCUUCAACAUGAAGUUCUAUCAGAUGACAGGGCAGGACUUUGGGUGGGACUGAGCCACCCACAGGGCACGUGGCUGCGCGGGGACCUGGUCUGCCCAGCGGUGUGUGGCGCCAGGACUGUGGUCCAGGGAUGCUCGUGGCCAUUGUGGUCCAGGGAUGCUUGUGGCCAUCAUGGUCCAGGGAUACUCAUGGCCAUCGUGGUCCAGAAAUGUUUAUGGCCACU